GUGGAACUUCUUUUAUGCCUUCGUUCCAGGCCAUAGAUGUGUGGAUGGGCGUUUGUACAGCCUUUGUUUUUGCGGCUCUGGUUGAAUUCACAUGUGUCAACUACCUGUGGCGACGGAACCAACGGCCUUUCCUCAAUUUCGACGCUGCCGAGCAAGCGCCCAUGAUGCAGUUGGACCUAAUCGAGAACCACGGAUCUUUGGACCAUGACAAUAUCGAGAUGAAUCAGGUCCAAUCCACUCAGAGUCUUGACAAAUCCCAUCUCCGGAUUCGGGGCAAUCACCUCCAACCGGAUCCAGAUGGACUGGGAUGCCUGGGGACGGGUCAGUGCAUCAGUCGCAGUGUCAGUCAACCCGCGAACAUGGACACAAGGUCAAUGGUUUGGACCAAAUUUCCGUCACCUCGACUUUUGCGGAGCUCGAUCGGCGUUCGCAAGAAUCGAAUGUUGGCCGUUCGGAUUGACGAGGUUUGCCGGUUCGUCUUUCCCUUGGGAUUCGCCUUGUUCAAUGCCAUGUACUGGACCUACUACAAGGAACACGAGAUCACCAACUACGAGUACUAGUAGAUAGGAGUCUUUUGCGUCCUGAAAAUCCAAUGUAAUGUAAAGUAAAAGCAUAUACUAAUACUAUAUAAAAACUCCUUCUCUGUGCACCCAACACGCCUCCAAUGACUAC